AUGUGGCAUGAAACCUACGACGAGAUGAUGAAGACAAUUAUUUCAAUAUUCCGACUGGACAAGUACAGGCCACAGAAGGAAACAAGUGAUGUGAACAUGGAAGCCCAUAUCUACUUCGACGACGCCUUCAGAGAUGUUCCCGGUAGUCGGGGGCGCCACGUCAACGAAUACGCAGAGAUGCUUGUGGAAAUUGUCAAAGAAGUUUACAGUAUCUUCGUGAACUACAAAGAAGGCAUCUUCACGAAGCGGCAGCAGGUCCCUGAUCAGAAGAUCGUAACGACGCCGUACGGAGGGCGUCUGGUAGUCAUCAUGCCUUGUGGAAACAGUAUGGUGGUUCACUUCAAGGACAAGACACUCAUCCGCCACAAGAAGAGAUGGUCUCAGGUCAUGUACUUGUACUAUCUCCUGGGAUGGAAAGUCGCGACCAAGUAUUUCAAAAGGUGGGGGAAAGGAGAUGACGAAUUUGAGCUGAAAAAACAGUUUGAGAAAGAGAAGCACAACACCUACAUCCUGGCUUUAGAUGGAGACACAGACUUCCAGCCGGCUGCUGUGAUGCUGCUCAUCGAUCGUCUGAAAUUGUAUCCGCUCGUCGGGGCAGCGUGCGGCAGGGUUCACCCCACUGGAUCAGGUCCCAUAGUGUGGUACCAGAAGUUUGAAUACGCGGUGGGCCACUGGCUUCACAAGACGGCAGAGCACGUGUUCGGCUGCGUGCUUUGCAGCCCGGGCUGCUUCAGCCUGUUCAGAGCGUCGGCGCUGAUGGACGACAACGUGAUGAAAAGAUACACCAUCAAGAGCUCAAAGGCUCAACACUACAUCCAGUACGACCAAGGUGAGGACCGCUGGUUGUGUACUCUGCUGUUGAAGCAGGGAUGGAGAGUGGAGUACAACGCGGCCUCUGACGCCUACACCAAUGCCCCGGAGGAGUUUAAAGAGUUUUACAACCAGCGUCGACGAUGGGGACCGUCCACCAUGGCCAACAUUGUGGACUUGCUGGGCUCUGCCACCCUAAUUUCCAAGAGGAAUCCGUCCAUGUCCAAAGCCUACAUGCUCUACCAGCUCUUGAACUUGUCCGCGGCCAUCCUGGCACCUUCCACCGUCAUCCUUAUGAUUACAGGUAGUUUGACUGUGCUGCUUGAAAUACACCCGAGCGCUGCUCUGUUCCUGGCUAUGAUACCUCCUGCUGUCUUCCUCGGCGUCAGCUUUAAGCUCAAGGCAGACACUCAGAUUUACAUUGCAUCAAUCAUGAGCGUCAUGUAUGGCUUCCACAUGAUGAUUACAGCGAUUACCAUAAUAGGCAACAUGGUGAAGGACCAAACCAUCCUGACUCCCAGCAGCAUCUUCCUCAUUUUCCUUGCCGUCUUUUACAUCAUUACUGCAAUUAUGCAUCCUCAAGAGAUGGGCCUGGUGGGCUUUGGCUUUAUUUACAUCGUCUCCAUCCCCAGCGCCUAUUUGCUGCUCACUAUUUACUCCAUGGUCAACAUGAACAACGUGUCCUGGGGCACUAGGGAGACAGCCCCUACUGCCGGGGCUGCCACGCUGGCAGCCGCCAAUCCACAAUCCAAAGCCCAGAAAGCCAAAAGCCCCUACGCAUGGUUCUCCUCGCGGGCCAAAUGCUGUAGAAAACUCUGUCGGAGAGGCGGUGCAGAAGAGCUCAUACCCAGACAGGACAGCCAGAUUGAGGAGGACUCAGAGUCUGAACCUCAACCCCAAAACACUAUUGUGGAGGAUGUGAGGAUUCCUGAGGAGCAGAGGCCAGAGGAGCCCGCUUUCACCUGCCCUAACCAGAGUUGGGUCUCACAACUGCAGAAUUUGUCUGACGACAUGUGUCUGGAGGAGGAUACGCUUGACGAGGAGGAGGAGCAGUUCUUCAGAGAGCUGAUGGCCAAAUACCUGGAGCCUCUUCCCGAGAACAAAAAGAAACAGGAAAAAAUGGCUGAUAAACUCAAGGAGUUGAGAAACAAGAUUACCUUCAUCUUCUUCAUUCUCAACGCCUUCUGGCUCUUGGCAACCUUCACUCUCCAGCUUGUCCAGUCGACCAUCUUCAUCCAGGUGCCAAAAGUUGACCUCAACCUGGAGUUCACCGGAGACUACAUCUUCAUCGAUCCUGUGGGAUUCAUGUUCAUCCUGUCCUUCGCUUUCCUGGUUAUAAUCCAGUUCACCGCCAUGCUGUACCACAGAAUAUACACUCUGAUCCAUUAUGUGGCCUACCUGGAUACGGAGCGCGUGUCCGAAAAACAACAACAACAACAACAACAACAACAACAGACACUCAAAGAGAUCAAAUAUGACAAAGGCGACGACAUGGAGGAAGAAGAGGACAGCGAUGAAGACGAUUACAGCGAUGACUUUAUGUAUCCAAGUUCUCUCAACAGAAGCUUCGGCGACGGAACUAUGGUGUAAACAAUGAUGAACGGCGACCCAGCCGAAACCUGUUUUUUAGCACUUUGAAACGACCCCUUACUGUAUGAACUGUAUGUACGGUAUGAUCUGUAUGUACGGUAUGAACUGUAUGUAUGGUAUGUAAUGUGUGUAAUGUAUGUAUCUUACUGACCUCUUUUAGUGAAGUUUAUGAUAUUCAUAAAACCAUUUUAGUGACACAAAGUGCUCUUAAAACUGAUGACAUAGACUCCACUGAAACUGUAAAAUAGGCACAACACAACUCCAGUUUUUGUGUGUGCGUGGGUGAAUGAUAUCAGCUGAGGGGUUAAUGAUUUGAAUAUAAAAAGUAGAUCAAAUGUAGAUGAAUAAAAGGAGAAUUUUUUUAAAUAUAAACUUUCAGAGAGCAGAAGGAAAACGAGUGUUUGACACAUAAAGUCAAACACUGAACCUGAACGAGCCGUAUCGGUAACACAGCGUAUUACUGUCACUUGAAGGAUCUGAUCUGUUUUACUUGAAUAUCUUUUACUGUGAUGCUUCUGCAUUAAUAUUUAACUGUCGAUUCAACACAAGAUUGAACUACAAGAUAUGAAGGUCGACAUGGACGAGGAGAAGAGAAAGAAACUGAAGACGUUUUUUAUUAUUAACUUGACUUUGUGCCUAUUUUCAGCUUUAAUCACUUUAAUCUUGAUUUUUGUAAUUUACUGUUAUUGUGAGUUUAUUAUACGGGUACCUUUAAAAAAAAAAAAAAUGUAUAUAAAUAUAUAAAGAAGGAAAAUUGUGCUGGUCAGUGAGAUGAACAGCAAACAAAUGUUUUAACUCUGCUUCAAUUAAGUGUUAUUUAGAGGACUGUCCCUGUUUCUCAUUAAAGCACUUUAUGAUGAACA